UAACAGGCCAGAUAUCACAGACACUGAAAUGGAAACUGUUAUGGAUACUAUUGUUGACAGCCUCUUCUGCUUUUUUGUUACACUGGGUGCUGUUCCUAUAAUCAGAUGUUCAAGAGGAACAGCAGCAGAAAUGGUAGCAGUGAAACUAGACAAAAAACUUCGGGAAAAUCUAAGAGAUGCAAGGAACAGUCUUUUUACAGGCGACACACUUGGAGCUGGCCAAUUCAGCUUCCAAAGGCCUUUAUUAGUCCUUGUUGACAGAAACAUAGAUUUGGCAACUCCUUUACACCAUACUUGGACAUAUCAAGCAUUGGUGCAUGAUGUACUGGUAAGAAGCUGAAUAUACCCCUUUUUACUAUAAUGUAACAUUAGUGAGUCCCUUCAUUUAAAAUUAACAUCAUGGCUUCACAAAUACACAUGAUAAUGAUGGAGCUGAGAAAUAUGGACAAAAAGUGUGAUAGGCUGUGGUAUCAUUGGAUGCUGGAGAAUAGUUAAGUUCCAAGCUUAAGAUCUGUAAAUUAUAAGAUAAAUCAAUGGUAGUUUGGUCAUAAUGGGGAAAAGGAAAUGGAGGAAAAUGAAUGACUUU